GUGAUCUGGGAUCAGCACAGAUGGAGUCAAAGCAGCAAAAAGGUGUCAACAGCUGUCUUUGUGUUCCUAGACAGUGUUGAUGAAAACGAACAAAGGUUGUUUGCCUCUUUACAAGAAAUGAAGUCCAAAUGCUUUCUUGUGGUCAACACUCCAGGAAAUAUGAGUGAGAAAAUAAAGUCAUAAAUUAAAGCAGCAGUUGAUACUCUGCAACUGGAAAGAGAUCACGUCAUUCAGAAAAGCAAAACCAUGAAAUUUGCUACAUUUUCAAAGAUGAUCAGUUCUUCCAUUACAAAAGUGCUGGGUGAACAUCACAGGGCAUGUGAAAUCGAGGCUAUGAAGACAGUUGCUCAGAACUUAGGCCUUAGAAUUGAUGAAAAUGAUAGCACAGCCUGUGUGUCAGCAAACAAAACAGCAAAGGAAAUCAUGAAAUGCAUUGGAGUUCGUCCCAUAGUGGAAUAUAAAAAGUCACAUCUGCCACUGCAAGGUGAAAACUGGAAAAGACUGGCUCAGAUAGAAAAAGAACAAUGCCGAUUACAACAUUCAGGGGAGUUGAGUUUGGAGGAGUAUAAGGUCCAACUUCAAAAUGAAAAAAAAGAAAUUCGAAAAAAGCAAAGCAACCAUAAGAUUAUAAAAACAAUGGACAUCUUAAUAAAGGCAUUGUCAACCUCAGAUGAUAUCGAGCGAGUCUUUUUUCUCAGAUGGCUGGGAUUAAAGCUGGACAUGCGAUCACGCAAACACAUGACAGAACUUCGGCACAAAUACAGAGAGUGUGAAAAAAACAAAGGCAGAGAUGCUGUAGCCCAAUUAGACCAGGAGCUGAUCGACUCUUCUCUUGGCAUCGAGCAUUACCUGAGAGAGCUGGGACAAAUAUAUGAGGCUGCUUCAUUUGUUUCAAACAAAAUAACUGAUAAAAUAAGCAAUCUUCCUACUCUGGCUGCCAAACUGCUUCUGGCUGGAUGUCCUCUUGAAAUACUUGAUGGAGAUGCAUCAAAUAUCCCAGAGAAAUGGGUGAGUGAUGUUCUCAUGGAGCUUCACAAGAUGGUUAAGGAAAGGAGCCGUUUGCUGGUUAUAACUGUGUUAGGGGUUCAGAGUUCUGGUAAAUCAACACUGCUCAACACUAUGUUUGGAGUCCAGUUUGCAGUAGGUAGUGGAAGAUGCACACGUGGAGCAUUUAUGAUUCUCCUACCUGUGGGUGAAGACUUGAAGGAAGAGUUACUGUAUGACUUUGUCCUUCUGAUUGAUACAGAGGGUUUGAAAUCACCAGCACUGGCACAAUCGGAAGACAGUUAUGAUCAUGACAACGAAUUAGUUACCUUUGUGAUUGGUCUUAGCGACGUAACAAUCAUAAAUGUAGGAAUGGAAAAUUCCACAGAGAUGAAGGAUGUCUUACAGAUAGCAGUUCAUGCUUUUUUACGGAUGAAGGAAAUUGGUAAAAAAACAGUCUGCCACUUUGUUCAUCAAAAUGUUGCUGGUAUAUCAGCACAUGAGAGAAACAUAACAGACAGACAAAAGCUUCUGGACCAGUUAAAUGAGAUGACACUGAUUGCAGCUGAGAUGGAAAAGAAGCCUCAUGUGAAGAACUUCACUGAUGUUAUGGAUUAUGAUGUAGAAAAGAAUAACUGGUAUAUACCAGGCCUAUGGCAUGGCACACCACCAAUGGCACCAGUUAAUACAGGCUACAGUGUUGCUGUUCUUGAUUUUAAGAAAAAACUCUUGGAGAUGCUUAAAGCAAGAAAAGGUGAACAACUCUUUCAGAUCCCAGAGUUCCUGCAGUGGAUCAGUAGCUUAUGGAAGGCAGUGAAGUUUGAGAACUUCAUCUUCAGUUUCAGAAACACUCUUGUGGCCAAUGCCUAUGACAGUCUUUGCAAAGAGUUUUCAGACUGGGAAUGGUCUUUCAGAAGACAUAUUUUGUUGUUGAUUUCUAAAGCAGAGGUUCAACUGUCUAACACUGAAACAAGCAGUAUUCAUGGGGUUGUUGAUGCACUUAACAAAAAAACCGUAAAAGAGCUCAUGAUUCAAUCAGAAGAAAUGACAAAGAAAUUGAAAGACUACUACAAAAGGAAAGACCGUAGUGUGCAUUUGGUGGAAAAAUACAAAACUGAUUUUAACAAAAGCAUUAAAUCUCUGGAGACUGAAAUGAAGAAUGAAGUGAAAAAACGAUUAGAUCUGGCUAUUGAGAUGAAGAAAAACACUGCACAAUUAGAGGAGAUACACAGUAAGCAAGCUGCAAUGGUCGAAUCCCAAGUUCUGCAAUUACUUCAGAAGUACAGUACAAAGAUCGCAAUAAUGAAGUGUCUGACGAGGAUCUCAAAGCCGAUUUUGAAAGAAUGUGGAGAAGAGAGAUUGCAAACUUCACUGGUCUAA